CACGCACUGCGGGCUCCCGCGCAGCCGGCGGGCCGGGCGCUCCGGGAACUCGGCUAGCGAACCUCGUCUGCGGUGGGCGGGGCCGGCCCAGAGCCCCGCCCCGGCUCAGCCCCUGAAACCCAGGCGCGGACCGGCUGCAGUCCCAGAAGAGAGCUGCUGUCUGCGGAGGAAACCGCAUCUUCGGACGGCCGCCCAGCCACGGGAGGACCUGGGGUGGCACUGGGCGCUCAACGGACCCUCCCCGGGACCCGCCUGCCCCUUGGCGCCCCGCCCCGCCGGGCCGCUCCCCGUCGGGUUCCGCAGCCACAGCCUUACCUGCGGGCACCCGACUCUCCCCGGCUUCCAGAAGAUGCUGGAACCACCGGCCGGGGCCUCGGGGCAGCAGUGAGGGGAGCAUCCAGCUCCCUACUCAGCUCUUCUCGUCCUGUGCCAGGGGCUCCCCGGGGGAUGAGCGUGGUGGUUUUCCCUCGGAGCCCUCUGGCUCGGGACGUCUGAGAAGAUGCCGGCCAUGAGGCUAUUCCCUUGCUUCCUGCAGCUCCUGGCCGGGCUGGCGCUGCCUGCUGUGCCCCCCCAGCAAUGGGCCUUGUCUGCUGGGAAUGGCUCGUCAGAGGUGGAAGUGGUGCCCUUCCAGGAAGUGUGGGGCCGCAGCUACUGCCGGGCGCUGGAGAGGCUGGUGGACAUUGUGUCCGAGUACCCCAGUGAGGUGGAGCACAUGUUCAGCCCAUCCUGCGUCUCCCUGCUGCGCUGCACCGGCUGCUGUGGUGAUGAGAACCUGCACUGUGUGCCAGUGGAGACAGUCAAUGUCACCAUGCAGCUCCUAAAGAUCAGCUCUGGGGACCGGCCGUCUUACGUGGAGCUGGCGUUCUCUCAGCACGUGGGCUGCGAGUGCCGGCCUCUGCGGGAGAAGAUGAAGCCAGAAAGGAGGAGACCCAAGGGCAGGGGGAAGAGGAGGAGAGAGAAGCAGAGACCCAAAGACUGCCACCUGUGCGGUGACGCUGUUCCCCGGAGGUAACCGGCCCGUUGGAGGAGAGAGACCCUGUACCCGGCUCGUGUAUUUAUUAUCGUCACACUCCCAGUGACCUCCUGCUGGUACCUGCCCUCUAUUUAUUAGCCAGCUGUUUUCCUGCUGAAUGCCUCGCUCCCUCCAAGAUGAGGGGCAGGGAGGAACAGGACCCUCAGGAAUUCAGUGCCUUCAACAACAUGAGAGAAAGAGAGAAGCCAGCCACAGACCCUUGGGAGCUUCCACUUGGGAAGAAGCAAGACAUGUUGCCGUGUGAUGGGCAAGCUAGGCCCCAGAGGCCCUGGGGGUCUCCAGGGGCCUGGAGAAGGAGAGAAUGGGGCCCUGCUGCCUGUUCUUGGGCUUCGGGCUCUACACAGACAAGCAACCUUUGCUUUCAGAGCUCCUGUCCAAAGAAGGGAUGAGGAGCCUGCUGGGGCCACCACCGCCUGGCUGGUGGGAAAGUGGGCAUUGGGCAGAGGGGAUCCAUCUACUUCCCCCUCUUCUUGGCAGUAGCUCUUCACUCUAAAGAUUGGAACAUUCAGCUCUGGAGAACCAUGGUUGCCCGGGGGCUUUUGCCACUCCUUGUCCCCUGUGAUCUCCCCUCGCACUUUGACACCUGCUUGUGCUGGGACAUUGUUCUUUCCGGACAAGGUACCACCAUCCUGCCCCCUCUAAGAGACGUGUGCAAGGCUGGGCGCAGUGGAUCACACCUGUAAUCCCAGCACUUUGGGAGGCUGAGACGGAUAGAUCAAUAGGUCAGGAGUUCGAGACCAGCCUGACCAACGUGGAGAAACCCUGUCUCUACUAAAAAUACAAAAAAUUAGCCAGGCGUGGUGGUGUGUGCCUAUAAUCCCAGCUACUUGGGAGGCUGAGGCAGGAGAAUCGCUUGAACCCGGGAGGCAGAGCUCAAGGUGAGCCAAGAUUACACCAUCGCACUCCAGCCUAGGCAAUAAGAGCGAAACUCCGUCUCAAAAAAAUAAAAAAGAGAGACAUGUGCAGAGUGGGCCCCGGGUCGUACAAAGAGCUGCCUAGAUGAGGAGCAGCCCAGCCAAUGGGGAUGAGGUCAUCAAGGGAGGAGCCUGUGUGUCCCAGCUGAAGGCAGUGGCAGGGAGCAGGUUCCCCGAGGGUCCUGGCACUCCCACAAGCUGCCCCUGCAGGGCCAUCUGACUGCCAAGCCAGAUUCUCUUGAAUAAAGUAUUCUAGUGUGGAAAA